GUUUGUUGUUAGUUUAUAGAAAACGCUCUACCCAAGUGUGAUAUCAAAUUGUUGUUUAAACUUUCUUCCCGUUUUUUGGUUUAAAAUCUUCUAAAUCUUUUCGUCAUGGCGCAAGGAAAGAUGAAAGUUAAGUCUAAGGCACCAGUUAACAACAAAAAACCUGGAAAUAAGAAAGGCAGCGCGUUCAGCAAGCGAAAAAAUGCCCCGAUCCAGUCGAAGAAGCACAAGUUCAACGAAGCCCACAAGCUGAAGCAGGUUGUCAGUCGGGCGGUCAAUCAGAAAAACGAAGACGAAAUCCGCAAGCUGGUAUAUGAGGGCCAGAAAAAUCUGAGCCAGGCCCAGCAAGCGGUUAUGGAGCACCACAAGAAGCAACCUGCUGCUGGUGGCGAUAUUGAGGCAGGAAGUUCUACCUAAACGGCACUUUCUUAGAGAUUUUGUACAAUA